AUGAUUCUCUACUCCAAGCUGCCACGGGCAUGGUUUUUUCUAUACCUCCUCUUACUACCCAAAUACUCGUAUCCGAGCCCAAUCCCAGAAACAAACAUUAAAAAGACCCAAUUUCCGCCAAAUACUACAAGCAUCGCCUAUCCUAGCCCCAGCGAGACUGGCGUUAAACUGCAAUCAUCUGGUUUGCCAUCAACCGUGCGAGUGGCAGACUCUUAUGCAACGGCAAAUAUCCCUUCUGAGGUAGACACCAGCCCACAAGUGCGGGCUGUCGACGUCCCGCAUAAUUUUUUUUAUACCACCGACCGCUUGCAGAUGAGAUGCAGAGAUGCCAGUAUGUUUGAGUCCGGAGCUAUGAAAAUGCUUCAAGUUCCCGGUAUAGAUCCCAGUGAGGUUAUCGACUUCGUAGACGGCGGGUUGAGCGGAGAUCGAUUGAUAAUGGAAAUCAAUAGUAUUAGGCGGAAUCAGUUGAGGUGCAAACGUCAUUGCAUUUGUAGUGAGGAAGGUUAUAUCGAAGAGGGUCCCCCCGAUUUAGCGCGACGCGGGGUCAGGGGUUGUGACUCUGACUUGCACAUCCCGCUGAAAUGCAUCUCCUUGUGGGGAUGCUAUUGUACUGCCGUACUUAGACAGCCUCACCCAAACAUCCCAGGUGCAACCCUCGAAGACUACAUGAGGGUGCUUUCGUCAGUACCCAGUGGGGUCCAAAUGGACAAUCCGGGUUAUGUGUGGACGAACGCCCCGGAAUCCGAGUUCCCAGGAUUUGAUGACCUCAUGGAUGCACCGGGAGAACCCGAUUCUUUAACGGGAUCGCCAACGAACACGGGUAUUCCAUCAGUAUACUAUGGUACGGAAGAGAGCGCACCAGGGGGGGUACCAGGAUCACCGUCGGGGUCAUCGUCGGGGUCAUCGUCGGGCUCGCGAGAGCUAGAGCCACCACUUCCUUUGUCGGGGCCUUCAAAUCCGUACCCGCCCCCAUUAAAUUUACUGGCGCCCCCAAACCUAAACCAAGGCUUCGGGGCUAGCAGAGCUGGUAGUAGAGCCCCCGAAAAUCUGAGAAUUAACCCAUUCGUUGGCGAAGUUGAAGAAGAUGAAGAUCCCGCGUUGUUGUCUUCGAGAAAUCCAGCUGAAACCCCUUUCUCCCCUGACUAUUGGGAAUUUCUCUUUGGGCACCCGCGCCCAAGUGAUCGAGAUGAAGGUGGAGGUGAUAACGCCGGCCUUUAUCCAGGUGGAGAUUAUAAUCCCGGUUCGUACUGGUUUAAGAGAGACACAGUACCGAAUCCAGAAUCAGCUGCAGGUCAUGCUACGGACAGCACCGCUAUUGGCCACCAACAGGGAGCGCAUGAGAGAACGCCCACCUCCUAG